UCCGAUCCGUUCCAUUGUCGUCGUCUUCCAAUUUCCAAACGAGCUGAGCGCCCAUAAGUUUCCUAUUGAUUUUGCGUCGCAACAGUACGUUGCACGAUCGCGAUGCGCCGUCGUCUUUGCGCAUUUGGUUUUGCCCGUGUCCUACUCCUAGCUAAGUCCAACUAGUGUCACGGGACGGCUUCGGGAUAAUGAUUGGUUAAUUGUUCCCUAUAACCAGCUCUAUAGGUGGCCUUGCAGUUGUGUGUUUAAGCUGCAACUCGAUCAGAGGAGUUGUUGUUGCAAGGGAAGGGAUCAUGCAUGCAUGCCCACUCACCUCUUUCUUCAACGCCGGCGCUGGAGCCGCCGCCGGCGCCGGGUUCUUGCCGGACAUCAGCGCGGAGGGCGGCGGCGCUGCGACGACGCCCUGGUCCCUGGCCACGCACAGCUGCAUGAUCCGCUCGGCGGCCUCGGCGGGGUCCCGGCUCUCCUGCAUCAGCCGCGCCACGUCGGCCUUGGGCAGGCGCAUGCGCAGCCGCACCGCGCCGUCGGCGCCCACCUCCACGGACGACGGCGGCGACGGCGACGGCGACGCGGCGGCGAGGCGCGCGGCGGCGGGCGGCGGCAGGAUGGACGACACGUCCGAGACGGUGCGCCGGGACAGCAUCAGGCCCUCCAGGCGCUCGCGGGCGCCCACGCGCAGCGCGCCCGACCACGUCUUGCGCGGCGCGCGCGGGUCGUCGCCGUCCCCGGCGCCGCCGCGGGGGAUCUGCACCAGGAAGUAGAGCUUCCCGGGCUUGAGCGGCGCGUCGCGGUCCAGCGGGCGCGCGCGCACGCCCAGCCGCCGCACCUCCUCCGACUCCAGGAGCUGGUGGCCCGGGUGGCCGCGCAGCGCCGCGCACGCCGCCGCGGGGGUCUUGUAGCGGAACGUGGCGCCGUCCACCGUCAUCACCUUGGCCGCGCGCCGCCUGCCCGCCAGAGCGUUGCCCAUGGCGCGGUGGCGUGGCCGCACGCCGCGCGCCCGCAGGCCUUCGGGUGUUGCUUUGCUAGCGACGAGGAGAUGCUAGCUGCUGGGGAGGAACAAGUGACGGCCUUCUUCCAGAAACGAUGAUGGGAAAACGAGAGAAGAUCGAGAUCGGGACUGGGCAACUAACCGACCACUACAACGCCCGUAUCGCCAACGUCGUAGUACCAUGUAUCAUCGUCCUUUAUUGCAAUCAUCAUCAGUCAUGAUGGAACACGCGCACGGUGUUGUGUGUGCGCGCGCGAAUCGCGAUAUCAACAUAAUUAGGGCUGAUUUGUAGGAGAGAAAUCUCCUUACAAUUCAAUUUUAAAUAACAAGGGGAUUCCUUCUUAUGGAUUC